UAAAGAAGAACUGUCUCUCUCAGUUACCAAUUCUGAAAGCUAGCUUCAUAGCUAGCUUCCCCUUUCUAUGCAGUUGACCAGGAAUUAACAAUUUUUUUUCGUGUAAGAUGUUGGCCAGGCACACGGUGAACUUUUGUUGGUAGCCAGCUAGCAUCUUUAUGUCCUGCUGUCCUAUAUAGUUGUAUUCAUAAUACCAAAAGCUUUUAAACUGGCUGACCUAAUAUCAUGGACGUCAUACUGAGCAGUAUGACUAUUUCUGAAAUGUAACUGCCUUUACCAUCCAGUUGGGACAAAGAACGGCGCUGACAAUUAGUGGUUUAAAAGUGCAUCAGCCAAUAUGAAAAUUGUAUGUAAGCCGGUAUCUUAACGAGACUUCAUUCCACACAACCUCGAAGGCUUGGGUAAAACCGCACCUGCAAGAGCUUGUUGGUGCAAAACAGUGCAGAGCACUGUGAAGGCGUCACAGUAAACAUCAUGUCCGAGGACACCAACGUGGACAGGUUCAUUAAGGAGACGUCCAUCUUGGAAGAGUAUAACAUCAACUGGACACAGAAGCUCGGAGCUGGUAUAAGUGGUCCUGUGAGGGUAUGUGUGAAGAAGUCAACACAAGAACGAUUUGCUCUUAAGAUCUUGAUCGACAGACCGAAAGCUCGCAAUGAGGUGAGACUUCAUAUGAUGUGUGCCUCUCACCCCAACAUUGUUAAGAUAAUUGAGGUGUAUGCCAACAGCGUACAGUUUCCACAUGAAACCAGUCCAAGGGCAAGGUUAUUGAUUGUCAUGGAGAUGAUGGAAGGUGGUGAGCUGUUCCACAGGAUCAGCCAGCACAAGCACUUUACAGAGAAGAUGGCCAGUCAGGUCACAAAACAGAUAAGUCUGGCUUUGCAAAACUGUCAUUCAUUAAAUAUUGCACAUCGAGAUCUGAAACCAGAAAACCUACUCUUCAAGGAUAACUCACUGGAUGCCCCUGUAAAACUUUGUGAUUUUGGAUUUGCCAAAAUUGACCAAGGUGAUUUAAUGACGCCACAGUUCACACCUUACUAUGUAGCACCCCAGGUGCUGGAAGCACAAAGACGGCACCAGAAAGAAAAGUCUGGAAUUAUACCUACCUCACCCACCCCUUACACAUACAACAAGAGCUGUGACCUGUGGUCCUUGGGGGUGAUCAUUUAUGUGAUGCUGUGUGGAUAUCCUCCAUUUUACUCCAAGCACCACAGCCGUACUAUCCCAAAAGACAUGCGCAAAAAAAUCAUGACUGGCAGCUUUGACUUUCCUGAAGAGGAGUGGAGUCAAAUAUCUGAAAUGGCCAAGGACAUUGUCCGCAAGCUACUUAAAGUGAAGCCAGAGGAGAGGCUAACCAUAGAGGGAGUAUUAAGCCAUCCCUGGCUCAACUGCACUGAGGCACUGGACAAUGUGCUUCCCUCUGCUCAAAUGAUGAUGGACAAGGCAGUUGUGGCUGGAAUUCAACAGGCCCAUGCUGAGCAACUGGCAAAUAUGAGGAUACAGGAUCUCAACAUGAGUCUAAAGCCACUCAACUCUGUGAACAACCCCAUUUUGAGAAAGAGAAAGCUACUUGGCACCAAACCCAGUGAUGAACUUUUCAUCAAUGAUCCAGAGAAUGAGGCAGAGGACACCAACGUGGGUCUGGAAAAACUAAGGGAUGUAAUAGCACAGUGUAUCUUGCCACAAGCUGGCGACAAUGAGGAUGAAAAACUUAAUGAAGUUACAUAUGAAGCGUGGCGCUUCAAUCGGGACUGCAAGCUUCUGAGAGAUGGAUUGCAAGGAUUAAGUUGGGAUGGUAGAACUUUUUCAGACAAAGUAGAUCGCUUAAAAUUGGCUGAAAUUGUGAAACAGGCCAUUGAAGAAAAGACAAAUUUACAAGACUCCCAAUAACAAGUGCUGUAGUUCUACUUCCUUUUGUACUUUUUAUUGUAACUGCAAAAAGUAUUUUUGUAUUAAAUUGCAGACCUUUUUCCAUGGUCAUGCUGCAGUCUGUUGUAUAUAUGUAGCUAAAACCAAGUUGUUGUUGUUGUUGGUAUUUGUUCUGUCUAUAAACUACAGUAAAGAAAUGUCUUCUUAAAAAUACAGUAUUUUCAUUUCUUAAAAUUAUGAAAAAUGGGAAAUCCAGUCAGUUUUUUCCUGCUGAAAUGGAAGGGAUUACACACAAUAUCUAUUUUAGAUUUAAGAUAUUUUAUCACCUCAACACCUCAACUUUACUUUUGUUUGAGGGAUUCAAGGGUAUUUACUAAGGAUGUGCUGCUAAGCCAUUAUCUGUAUCUGUUGCUAUGGCAAAAUUAUCUGUAUCCGGCUAGAACCAGAUGUGGGCGGGGCUUAAACCAGAAGUUUGUCAAAACUAAAUGAAAAAAAAAUUAAAGUACAUUUUAAAAGUAACUAUUACAUUUAUAGUUUCUAUGAAUAAAACAUGCCUUUUAUAUGCCUAUUCAUAAAAUAUUAAUAAUAAUAAUUAUUAUUGUUUAAUUAAAUUAUUAUUCUUUUUUUUAAACUUUUUUUUAUUACCAGAUGAAUUUGAAUAUGUAGGCUACAUUAACUGUGGAAUAUGUUGUAAACUGUGGUUUCUCGUAUUUCAGACAUUAAUAUCUGCUUAAACAGAAUUUUAGUUUAUGUUUGUUUUCGUUUUUUUCAUCUGUACAUGUAUAACAAUGUUAUUCUGGAGGCACGAGGUGUCAAGCAAUUUUAAAAUGCCAAGCACACAUUAUGCAGUGAAUAUUAAAUACAAACAAUAUAAAAAUGAGAAUAAAUCAAUAUAGCCUACAAACAGGUAAAAGCCCCAUAAGUGUAUCAGGAAAUUUUACGAUACACUAGAGGCUGAUUUUGUGCGCACGUAUUUUUGAGUUAAAUUACAUGCGCAGAUUUAGAGAAAUGCAGUGGAAUUAAUGGCAAGAGCGAGCCUCUCUUGCAUUUCCAUAAGAGAAGAACUGGAAAAGAAUGAGCAUGUUUUAGUGUCCUCAAAUAACGUGUGCAGGAAUAUUCUGAAUAGA